AUGCCGGGUGAAAUAAUCACUCUGCAAGCAGGCCAAUGUGGUAACCAGGUUGGUGAGCAGUUUUGGAGCCAAAUAUGCAGUGAACACGGAAUACUACCCGAUGGGACAACUUCCCCUGAAACACACAAUCUAUACAGAGAGGACCAGACAGACAUCUUCUUUCAACGCAAUGAUAAUAAUAGAUACACUCCUCGCGCGAUUCUUAUAGAUAUGGAACCCAGAGUGAUAAAUAAUAUUCGCAGCAACACCGGCAGUCUAUUUAAUCCUAAGAACAUCUACGUCGCCCCAGAAGGUGGAGGAGCGGGAAACAAAUGGGCGGAGGGCUACCACCAUGCACAAAGACACGAGGAAGAGUUUCUGGAUAUGGUAAAUAGGGAGAUUGAUGCCUGCGACUCUUUUGAAGGUUUCCAAUUGAUCCAUUCGGUUGCCGGAGGAACGGGAUCAGGGAUUGGGUCCUUUUUCUUGCAGGAACUGAGCGAUCGUUUCCCAAAAAAACUGGUCCAAACAUACUCCGUCUUUGGAGCUUCUGAAGUGGUGGUCCAACCGUAUAACACAGUUCUUACCUUGAAACGGCUGAUUGAAAAUUCUGACGCUAAUGUCGUUUUUGACAACAACGCGCUGAUGUCCAUAGCAUCCACCAACUUGCAGGUUUCAAGCCCCUCGUACAAAGACACUAACAAGCUCAUCUCAACUGUGAUGUCUGCUGCUACUAACACACUGCGAUUUCCAGGGUACUCGUACAACUCAUUGACCAGUAUACUGUCCACAUUGAUACCUACACCGGACUUGCAUUUUCUGAUAGCCAGCUACACGCCAUUCACAAGCGACUAUGUCUCAAAUGCGCACGAAAUUAGACGUAGCACGGCGUACGAUGUGAUUUUGGAAGUGCUCGAUAAGAAGCUCAGAAUGUGCAGCUCCAGCGAUACAGGAAUGAAUCUUUCGGUACUCGACAUUAUUAUUGGAGAGAUAGAGCAAUCAGAUGUACAAAAGGCAUUGGUCAAAGCUCGCACGCGGAUAAAUUACGUGCCCUGGAGCUCAUCGGCUAUUCACAUGGCUCUGGGGAAGAGGUCACCAUUUUUGAACAAAUCUCAAAAGCAGGUGAGCGGUUUGAUGUUGGCAAACUCCACGUCCAUCUUGAAGCUUCUUAGGAAGACCCUUAGCGAGUACGAUCAACUGAAAAGCCGAGGAGCUUUUCUCAAUAAUUAUAGCCGAGGAGAAUACGAAUUUGACCAUGGAGAUAUCAGCAUGGAAUUUGACGAGGCCAGAGAAACCCUGAAGACCACCAUGAACGAGUACCGCGACAGCGAAGAACUAAGCUAUUUGGACGAAAUUGAUCCCGACGAAGAUGCUGGUCAAAUCACGGAAUCUGCUCCGCGGGAUGUGGACAUGACAUAG